GACGAGCGAAUACUCGCGCGCGCUGGGCCUUGAUGCAUGAUAUGCGCACUCACGUAUCCAACCUAUCAAGAACAGCAUUGCAUUAAUACCAGCUCCCUUCUGACCCUCGUUCGAAAUGGCAGAUCAGCUCACUGAGGAACAAAUAGCUGAGUUCAAGGAGGCGUUCUCCUUGUUUGACAAGGAUGGCGAUGGCACCAUCACCACCAAGGAGCUUGGGACGGUCAUGAGGUCACUGGGUCAGAACCCCACGGAGGCUGAGCUGCAGGACAUGAUCAACGAGGUUGAUGCUGAUGGUAAUGGUACAAUAGACUUUCCUGAGUUUCUAACAAUGAUGGCGCGCAAAAUGAAAGACACAGACAGCGAGGAAGAGAUCCGGGAAGCCUUCAGAGUCUUUGACAAGGACGGCAAUGGAUACAUCAGUGCUGCUGAACUUCGUCACGUGAUGACCAAUCUCGGGGAGAAGCUGACGGAUGAAGAGGUUGAUGAGAUGAUACGAGAAGCAGACAUCGAUGGGGACGGACAAGUCAACUACGAAGGCUCUUGCAAGAAUGCUGACUUAUUAACGAUGUCUUUGAACUUCUCUUUAUUUUCAUUUCUUUUAAAGGCAGAACAACUAAGUGAAGAACAAAUUGCUGAAUUCAAGGAGGCGUUCUCCUUGUUCGACAAGGACGGCGAUGGCACCAUCACCACCAAGGAGCUGGGGACGGUCAUGAGGUCACUGGGUCAGAAUCCCACGGAGGCUGAGCUGCAGGACAUGAUCAACGAGGUUGAUGCUGAUGGCAAUGGUGAGAUCGACUUCCCCGAGUUCCUGACGAUGAUGGCGCGCAAGAUGAAGGAUACAGACACGGAGGAGGAGAUCCGGGAAGCCUUCAGAGUCUUUGACAAGGACGGCAAUGGGUUCAUCAGUGCUGCCGAGCUUCGUCACGUGAUGACCAAUCUCGGGGAGAAGCUGACGGAUGAAGAGGUCGAUGAAAUGAUACGAGAAGCAGACAUAGAUGGGGAUGGACAAGUCAACUUUGAAGAGUUUGUAACGAUGAUGACAUCAAAAUGAAGUCCCUCCCUCCCUGCACCUUACCAUCAUACCUUCUUGUCUCCAUUCACUUUGUCUUCUUGUGUACGACCAACUGAUGAAAAGAUGCUUCGAGGUCACGUGUGUGUCUUAAAAAACAGUCCCCGCUCCUCGAACGACUUGAUGGACAACAUCAACAGAGGGCGUGUUUUUUUUUUGCCAAGGCUGGCCGCUUGUGGCGUCGCACAAUGCCAAGACGAGGCAGUCAUGACCGACAGCAAUCUGCGCAACACGAUCGUGGUCGAUAGCAUGUGUGAACUCGAUUGGAUUGCUUCAUAGGUUCCUUUACGUUGCGUCAUCGGCCAUUACAAAAGUUUGGUUAUUUGUUCUGCCUGAGAAACGACUUCGGUGUGAUUCGAUGUAAAUGAGUUUGGAGUAGAAACAGCCGGGUGGAGUAUAUUUUAUACAAACCGACCUAGUUAACCCAAAGGAAGUCACGAAGAAGUAUAUAUUAAUGUCGUUAUUUAUUGAUUCUAAUUUCGGUAGUCAUCGGCGUUUCGGCCGUGAGUAUGAAAAUCUGCACAAAAUAAGUAUGCCACAGUAUAACUUAGAAAAAAGACUUUGUUGGACUUGUUAAUGACUGGAUUUGCUUAUAAUUGUACUGUACACUGAGCAAACCAGUGACAAUGUGUAGUUGAUGCCAUGCUUUCGACAUGGAGUCGUUUUUGUAAAUAAAAGAAAAUGCUUUUUCCCCGCCGGACGUCACAUGGCUGAUGUCAUUUGAACACCCACAUUAAUGGGCCUGAUCCGUCAGUUGGGAAUUUCCAGUGAAAAAGGAAAAUGACGCCAAGACAGAAACUUCGGAAUAUCCCUUCAAAACUUUGUCAUCCACGGUGUAGUUCGUUGGCAUACGGGAAAUCAGAAUGUAUUCCAUUUUGACAAAUUUCAAAACGAAAUAGGAUUACAAAUUACUACCGAAUCACAUUAUCUCUGUGUGAGCAUCAUUUACCAAAAUAUGGGUGUUAGAAUGACAGCAGAUAACGGAAAGGUUUGCCUGUGUAAAUAAUUAACCGGACGCCAAAUGUGGAAACUGAAACUUCAAUACUGACACCAUACAUCCUCGAGUUCUUUGUGCGAUUUCUCGAAUGAAAAACAUACUACAUCUGUUUGCUUCUGCAAUGCAUUGCCUGAACUUUGAAUGGGAAAGCAAAAAAAAAAAAAAAAAAAAAAAAAAGGACUGGGUGAAAGUAUUCCGAACGCUGAAACAUAUUCUAUAAAACCAGUAUAAAUGUUUCCCAUUAAAAGUGUCAGAAUCUCUGCAUUAUUUCCAAAGAAAGUAGUUUCCAUUAUUGUGUCUAGUACACACACUGAAUGUUUCUGCACACUUUCAUUGUAAAUUGGUACCCUGCACAAGGGGUUUUAAUAUACUAAGUCUUGUUUUUCUGAUGUUACCUCGCGUGUUUGGUGUUUUUACGCGAUUUCUAAUUAAAACUUUGGAAACAAA